AUGCUCCAUUUUAGUGUCGACCGAAUCAAAGGAGCGAAUCUCCUUACAAGACUAUUUGCAAUACCUCGAUGGCAAAACAAAACAGUGUGUGGGAAGUGUGACAUUGUUCCUCCUGAUGGAGAGAAAGGAAAAAAGAUGGUAUCAUUAGACACAUGUAUGGAGAAUAUAAGCAAAAAUAAAUUACUGUAUUUAAUGAAGAAUAUGGAAAUGAUCCAUUUGACAGAGAAAGAAAUUUUGAACACUGUUAGUAAUCUUUUGAAGAAGUACACGGAUGAACUAACGACAGAUGAAAUGGGAUUUGUUAUACAUACAUUUUGUAAACUAAAGUUUAUAAAGUAUUCUUUAUGUAACAAUUUUGUAAAAAUUAUUAUGAACAACAAACCGAAAUUCAGCAGCAUGCGAAUAUUGACACAAUUUUUAAUAGAUCUUCACAAAAUGGGUUCCCUGGAUUUCAACGUAUUAACCUUUUUUACACAAUACUAUAUUAGACAUUCUCUCUCCUUUUUUUCCCUAUUUGAUUUGUCUAUGAUUUUAUACAUUUAUAACAAACAUAAUUACAAUGAUGUAAAAACCAUUCAUGCCAUCUGUAAUGUGAUUCAUUCGUACUUCAUGCAGAUUGUGCAACAGGAUAAAGGCGUUCUGACCACAAUACUGUUAAGCUUAUCUGCAUUAAAUUUAAAUUACGACAUGUUCAUGAAGCUACUUAACGAACAUGUGUAUAAAAAAUACAACCAAUUUGAAGUGAAAUAUUUGUGCAACAUUGCCUACUGUAUUGCGUUAUGGCUAGCUGGGAAUUCUGCAGAGCUCAAUUUGGCAAAAGGAAAAUCCCAAAGUAUUUUGAGUUCUCCCCAGAAUGAUUUCUUAAUAGGGAUGCUGAGUGAGGUGACACGUUUAUUACUGAAAAGUGUUAACAAGAUGAAAAACGAGGAACUUAAGCAGAUCCAUAUAGUCCUCUACCUGCUGAAGGAUGUAGGGAAGGAAUAUGAAGAAGCUAUACAGAAUCUAGAAAACAAAAAAAUAAAAAGCACAUUAACAGUCUCAAAGAUGCAGAAACAAAUGGAAAAAAUUUUUAAAGAAAUAGGCCUUAGGGCCGAACAGGAAUUCCCCAUAGGUCCCUAUGUGUUGGAUUUCGCCUUUCGCAAAAAAAUGGCAUGCAUCGAAGUCAACGGCUUUACCCACUACUACACUUUCGGAGGGGGUCUGAAUGCCAAGAGUAAAUUAAAAUAUUAUAUUCUGCGUAAGCUCAAUUGGAAGGUUCUUACAGUUGAAUACAUGGACUGGAAAAACAAAUCCAAGGAGGAUAAGGUGAAGUACUUAGAGAAGAACAUACUGGAACGGAUAAAAUGA